AUGGCCCUGGUGGUGGCCCCUUGGCAGGAGGAGCUUCCCGGGGGACCCCCGGCCCUCCCGGCCCCCCAGGAGCCCAGCGGAGGGGCCCAGGGCGAGGGCAAGGGAGCUCCGGGGGCCUCGUCCAUGGACUGCCUGGUGUGCGGGGACAAGGCCAGCGGGAAGCACUACGGGCAGUUCACCUGCGAGGGCUGCAAGAGCUUCUUCAAGCGCUCCGUCCGACGCAACCUGAGCUACACCUGCCGCGCCAGCCGGCAGUGCCCCGUGGACCAGCACCACCGCAACCAGUGCCAGCACUGCCGGCUCACCAAGUGCCUCAAGGUCGGCAUGCGACGCGAAGCGGUGCAACGGGGGCGCAUGGCCCAUGCCCAGCCCAGCCCCGGCCAGUACCCCAUGGCCAAUGGGGACCCCUACAACUGCCAUGCCUACCUGACCGGCUUCAUCUCCCUCCUCCUGCGGGCAGAGCCCUACCCCACCUCCCGCCACGGCGCCCAGUGCCUCCAGCCGGGCAACAUCAUGGGCAUCGAGAACAUCUGCGAGCUGGCCGCCCGCCUGCUCUUCAGCGCUAUCGAAUGGGCCAAGAACAUCCCCUUCUUCCCAGACUUCCAGCUGGCCGACCAGGUCUGCCUGUUGCGCAUGACCUGGAGUGAGCUCUUCGUCCUCAAUGCCGCUCAGUGUGCCAUGCCCCUCCACGUGGCCCCGCUCCUGGCCGCCGCUGGGCUCCACGCCUCGCCCAUGCCGGCCGAGCGGGUGGUGGCCUUCAUGGACCACAUCCGGGUCUUCCAGGAGCAAGUGGAAAAGCUGAAGGCCCUGCAUGUGGACUCGGCCGAGUAUUCCUGCCUCAAGGCCAUUGUGCUCUUCACGCCAGACGCAGUGGGCCUCACGGAUCUGUGCCAUGUGGAGAAUGUCCAAGAGAAGUCCCAGUGUGCCUUGGAGGAAUACGUUCGGAACCAGUACCCCAGCCAGCCCAGCCGCUUUGGGCGCCUCCUCCUGCGCCUCCCUUCUUUACGGAUCGUCUCAGCCCCCGUGAUCGAGCAGCUCUUCUUCGUCCGGCUGGUGGGCAAGACUCCAAUCGAGACCUUGAUCCGGGACAUGCUUCUCUCCGGGUCCGGCUUCAACUGGCCAUACAUCCCCAUACAGUGAGGCUGUACAGAGCAUUUGGGAUGCAUUUCAAACUCGCCGGACUUUACUGGACUUUAACUUGAACUUGUCGUCGGAUGAGCCGGACUUUAGCAGACUUUUACUUACUGUUGGAUGAGCUGGACUUUACCGGGCUUCUAGUCGAACUCCCUGUUAAAUGAGCCGGACUUUAUGGAACUUUUACUCAAACUCGCUGUCGGACGAGCCGGACUUUACGACAUUUGCUCUGCGUGGAGCUGCUUCCCCGUUUUCUCAUUUUUUUAACCCCAUGAGACAUAUUCCGUUCGUUUUAUUUAUGUGUACAAAACAAGAAGGAAAAAAGAGUUGAGUGCUUGCAUGAACCAAUUGUCAGCUGCACUGUUUUAUUUCGGGACAUAAUAAAAAGGGGCAUUAUGGACCCCUUUUUUUCUUGAUCAUUUCACUUUCUUGGACCGAAAAGAACAGAAUUCUUUUCGGGUGAUUUUUUAAAAAAGUUUUUGGAUGUUGACAACCGAAGGUGAUAAGGAGAACAUUGGAUGCGAUGCCUGAUUUUGUGGGAAGUGAAACUGUUUGUGACAUUGUGCAAUGAGACGCCACACACUUUUACCUCCUUUUUCGUGUUGGUGCAUACAAGUGUUUUUUUUUUAAAAAGGAAACUAAACUGGGGAGGGAGGAUGAAUGCAAAAGAGAUUUCCAAAUGGGGGAGAAAAAGACUUUCCUCUUCAGUCGAAUGGAAAAUAAAAAUACUUGUCUCUUCUGGCUAAAUGACGGAAACAUGACUUGCCCUUUGGGACAAUUUCUCUACACAUCUACCCAAAGGAGGAUCCCAAAUGUUUGGCUGGGGAAUUGUUCAUGAUAUAUUGAAACGGCUUCCCCACGAGAUGGACAACAAUAAGGAAAAAUCCCAGCAUUUGCAAACCCAUAAAGAACUGAAAGGCAGAAGAAGCCAUGGUGGGGAAGGAUUUUCCAGUGUAGUUUGUUUCUACACAAAGAGGUUGCAAUGAAACAUUGGAGGGAGCUGUCCUCCUUGGUGGGGCAAACAUACUAUUUAUAAAAUUAAAAUAAACCCAGAUUAUAUGACA